ACUCGCUCGGCAGCUUCCAGAGGUGGCGGUUGUGCUAUGAAGGCAGACCCUGCCAAGCUGGCCGACAAGAUGCUGCGUACCCCCAAGUGCUCGCGGUGCCGGAACCACGGUUUCCUGGUGCCGGUCAAGGGCCACGCGGGCAAGUGUCGCUGGAAGCAGUGCACCUGCGAGAAGUGCUACCUGAUCACUGAGCGCCAGAAGAUUAUGGCAGCGCAGAAGGUGCUCAAGAAGCAGGCCUCCGAGGAGGAGCAGGAGAUGGCCCUUGGCGCACAGGGGCCGGAGCUGUUGUCUGGGGCUGCGGCCGCUGUCCCGGGCCCAAGCCUCCGCCAGCUGCUUCCGCUGGCCGUUUCGGGAGACCGGGAGCUUGGCCCGGAGUGCCGCGUGGCCGCGGGCUUCCCCGAGAGGCCUCCGCGGGGCCCGAGCCCAGGCCCGAGCGCUUUCCAACCAGUUCUGGGCAGCCGCGGCCACGUGGGGCUGAGCGAACGAGCCACCGUCGCCAUGCCCAGUUCCGUGGGGCCCCAGCUUGGGGCGGAGGCCGCAGGCAAGGGCUACCCCGGCCGCUUGGAGCUGCGCAGGCCGCUGCGGCCCAUGCCCAGCCCGCCGUUCGCCGACUUCGGGUUCCCUCUGAGCAUCAGCUCAGACUGUGUGGUGGGGUCCGAGUACCUGGAGAGAGACCCUUCUAAGCUGUACCCCAGCUGUUCCAACAUGCAUUCUUACUGCCCAUUCCCACUGGGCUACCAAGACGGCUCCCCAACCCCAGGGAUCCCCCUGCAGCGGGGCUUCCGGCAUGUGUCCUGCAGCCACUUCCAUGGAGGGGCCUUGGUGCCCGAGCCGGUGGGAGACUACCAGCCCAGCUACUACCAGCCGCCGCCGCCCCCGCCGCCGCCGCAGCCGCCGCAGCCUCAGUUUCUCCCGCCAGGCUUCCUGUCUGCGCUGCACUUCCUGCCGCCGCUGCCGCCACCGCCGCCCCCGGCAUCCUUCUCUCUCACUGUCCUAUCUGAUACGGACAAGGAAACCACUGAUGACCAGGAGCAGGAAGCUGAAGUGCCAGCAGCGCCGCCCUGUGAGCCCAGCCAGCCACCCUCUCAGAAGCCGUCUGACUAGGCCCAGGCCCUCAGGCCAGCAGGGUGGGGGUGUGGGGUGUUCCAGCAACGAUGUUCUCGUCCACUUUCAGCCAUGUGUAGGGAGGAAGGAUAGUGGUGGGUGUAAGAUGGCAGUUCAUUUCCAUUUCAAGACAGGAGGGAGGAGGGUGAUUUCUAAAGUUCUCUCGAUUCUGAGAUGUGGGAUUGACCAGGAGCGUGGAGGAUGGUUAGCAGGGGAGGGCCAGGGCUCAGAGGAUCACGGGGCUGGUGGAAGCUCACAUUUAGGAAUGAAUUUAACCGAGUCUGGGUUGUGCGGCUGUUAAACUCACUCCCAGAUGCGGUCUUUGAUUUCCUCAGGCCCCACUCCAGGACAGGAGGCAGCAUCUA